UACGAGCACAUUUCACUCUCUCAACCAUCAGAGAGGAGAACACACAGGAGCUGACACGAGUCACACAAAAAGUAACAGAAUCUCAACUACCGAAGUCAGACCUUUGAAAGAUGAAGACAUUCAGUGUUGCUGUCGCAGUGGCCAUCGUAGUGCUCACCUUCAUUUGUAUUCAGGAGAGCGCUGCCACGUUUACUAAGAUACAAGAGCUGGAGAAGGCAGUUGGUAACGACAAUCCAGCUGCAGAACAGCAAGAGCUACCAGUGGACUCAGGGAUGAUGCCAUAUACAGGACAGAGGCGUAGAAGGUGCCGCUUCUGCUGUGACUGCUGCCCUCGUAGUGGUUGUGGAAUAUGCUGCAGAUUCUGAAGAUUCCUGCUCGAACAGCCAUUCAAUAUUCAUUACUUGUGAUAUACGUUAACUUGAAGUUUUCGCAUACUUCAUGUGGUCAUGCUGUACUGUUUGUGUGCUCAGUGAUGCGACUGUGUCAUCCACAUACUUAACUUUUGAAGGUGUUUUAUCAAUAAAUGUUAUUACAACCUCAAUACAAUGU